AUGGCGCCGCCGCGCAACGACAGGAAGAAGGGGAAGGGCGCCGGCGGCAAGACCGACCUGCGCCCCGACCGGAAGCAGUUUAAAAGGCACCGCAAGGAGGAUGCGGCCGGUGAGCAGGGGGAUGGCGACCGAAAGUUGCAGCAGUCGGCAGCGCCGGGUUCCGCUGCGCUCCUCGCCGCAGCUUCUGACGAAGCUGAUUUCCCGAGAGGGGGACGCAGCCUCCUGAGCAAGGAUGAGAUGGCGGAGGCUCGCGCGGAGGCGGAGCAGGAUUUCGAGAGGGAGGGGAAGAAGGGGAAGGGGAAAAGGAAGAGGAGGGGCGGCGAGUCGUCUGGUUUUGGCGAGGAUGACGACUUGGGGACACUCUUCGGCGGGGCCACCACUGGGAAGUUCCCACGCUUUGCUAAUCGCAUCACAGUAAAGAAUAUUUCACCAAAUAUGAAGCUCUGGGGUGUUGUAAUUGAGGUUAACCAGAAAGAUAUUGUGUUAAGUCUACCUGGUGGAAUUAGAGGGUUUGUUCGCUCAGAGGAUGUGUGCGACAUUGCUUUGCAGGAAAAUCGUAAGGAUAGUGAGAACAGUUUAUGUGCAGAAGUUGUUCAUGUUGGUCAGCUUGUUCCUUGUAUAGUCCUACGAGUUGACGAUGAUAAGAAAGAAGGAAAAGUACUUACUGCCCAAGUCAAAAGCAUUGAGGACCAUGGUUACAUUCUUCAUUUUGGAGUAUCCUCCUUUAGCGGAUUUAUGCAAAAGGAUGACAAAGAAAAUGUGAAGAUUGAGCGCCGACAACUGAUGCAAUGUGUUGUGAAGGCGAUUGACAAAACUCGGGCUAUUGUUCACUUGAGUUUUGAUAAAGACUUGCUUUCUAAAUCUAUUAUUAAGGAUCUGAAAGGCCUUUCUAUUGAUCAUUUGAUCCCUGGGAUGAUGGUUAAUGCACGCGUCCAUUCAGUUCUUGAAAAUGGAGUCAUGUUAUCAUUUUUUACUUAUUUCAGUGGAACAGUUGAUAUUUUUAAUUUGUUGAAUUCCUUUCCCUCUGGUAAUUGGAAAGAUGAUUACAGUAAGAAUAAGAAGGUAAAUGCUCGCAUCCUGUUCGUUGAUCCAUCAACAAGAGCAGUUGGGCUUACAUUGAACAAACAUUUACUUCAUCUUGAAGUACCCCCUAUUAAUCUAAAAGCUGGAGAUAUCUACGAUAAAUCAAAGGUGCUGAGGAUAGAUAAAAAGGCUGGUCUUUUUCUUGAAAUACCUUCUCCAACUCCAUCACCUGGAUUUAUUAGUAUACAUGAUGUGUCAGACAAGGAUGCAAAAAACUUGGACAAGUUUAAGGAAGGCAGUAGCUUACGUGUCCGUAUACUUGGAGUGCGGAAUCUUGAAGGAGUUGCAAUAGGCACCGUAAAAGACAGUGCUUUUGAAGGGUCUGUUUUCACUCAUGAUGAUGUUAAACCUGGAAUGUUAGUGAGAGCUAAGGUUGCUACUGUUGAGCCAUUCGGUGCUAUUGUACAGUUUUCAAGUGGUGUGAAAGCACUUUGCCCGCUUCCUCACAUGUCAGAGUUGGAAUAUGUUGUGAAACCACCAAAGAAAUUUAAGGUUGGAGCUGAGCUUCUUUUCCGUGUAUUGGGCUGCAAAUCCAAGAGAGUUACAGUGACAUACAAGAAGUCUCUGGUGAAAUCAAAACUUGAUGUGCUAGCAUCAUAUGCUGAUGCAAAAAAUGGUUUAGUGACUCAUGGAUGGAUUACUAAAAUUGAAAAGCACGGUUGCUUUGUAAAAUUCUACAAUGGAGUUCAGGGUUUUGUUAGCAGAUCUGACCUUGGAUUAGAGGCUGGAACUGAAGCAGAAAAUGUUUAUCAUGUUGGUCAAGUGGUCAAAUGUAGAAUUAUCAAUGUGAUCCCUGCUUCAAGGAAACUAAAUGUUAGUUUUGUCAUAUCCCAUAAUAGGGUUAUUCCAAUAGACACUCCAAAGUUGGGUAGUAUUGUCUCUGGUGUUGUGGAACGGCUUACUCCUGCAGCUGUUGUUGUCAGUGUAAAUGGCUUCUCCAAGGGGACAAUACUAAAUGAACAUUUGGCAGACCAUCAUGGUCAAGCUGCUAAGGUGAAGAAUUUGCUGAAACCUGGGCACGAGUUCAACCAACUUCUAGUUCUCGAUAUUGAAGGUCAAAAUUUAGUUCUUUCGGCAAAGCACUCACUUAUCAAUUGCGCAAAUGACAUUCCUUCAGAGAUAUCGCAGAUGCAUCCUGGAGUUGUAGUUCAUGGUUACAUCUGCAACAUUAUCGAAGCUGGUUGUUUCGUCCGUUUUCUCGGACAUUUGACUGGUUUCUCUCCCAAGGACAAAGCAGUUGAUAGGCGGAUAGAAAGGCUUUCUGAUGCGUUCUAUGUUGGCCAGUCAGUUCGGAGUCAUAUACUCAGCGUAAAUGCUGAAACUGCUAGAGUAAAACUCGCACUUCAACAGUCAAUGUGCUCCUCAACGGAUUCUUCAUUUAUUCAAGGAUACUUUCUUCUGGAUCAGAAGAUUGCAGCAUUGAAGUACUCAAGCAAUGAUUGGGCUCACACUUUUGGCAUUGGUAGCUUAGUUGAGGGGGAGGUGGGAGCAAUAGAAGAAUAUGGUAUUAUCCUUAACUUCAAAGACCAUCCGGAUGUUGUUGGCUUAAUCGAGCACCAUCAACUUGGUGGCAGUAGUGUGGAAAUGGGAUCUUCUGUUAAGGGCCUUGUUUUGGAUUUAUCUGAUGGAGUUGUUAACUUGUCCCUUAAACCAGAGCUAAUUGGCAGUGUUAGAAAUGUUGGAAAAAAGAAGAAACGCCAAAGGGCUGCAGUUGCAGAGUUGGAGCUUCAUGAGGAAGUGAAUGCAGUUGUGGAAAUAAUCAAAGAGAGUUAUGUGGUCCUUUCCAUACCUGAGUACAAUUACGCAAUUGGUUUUGCACCACUGAUGGAUUACAACUCACAACUGCUUCCCCACCACCACUAUGAUAAUGGACAACGCAUUACUGUGGUUGUUGGAAAUAUCCCAAGUUCUGACUCUUCUGGAAGACUUAUCCUACUACCAAAAGCUUCAGCUCAGUAUUCUGCCCUCUCUGAAUCUAAAAGGGCUAAGAAGAAAUCAGGCUACAAAAUUGGGUCACUUGUUGAAGCAGAGGUUCUUGAAGAGGAUUCUGAUGAGCAUCCCUUUAGUAAACUCAGAAUAGGGCAAAAGCUUACUGCCAGAAUUGUUGCAGUGGCUGAACCUUCUGGAAAGAGUGGCAAAAACUUCAAAUGGGAAUUGUCUAUUAGGCCAUGUAUAGUCAAGGGAGAGUUUGAAGAAUUAACUGCUCAAAAAGAACAAAAGCACACCACAAAUGAGAUUGUACGUGCUUAUGUUGUCAAGGUGGAUAAGGAAUGGGUCUGGUUAACUGUAUCAAGAAAUGUUAUGGCUCAUUUAUUUGUACUUGAUAGUUCUUCUGAGCCCAGCGAACUGAAAGAAUUCCAGCAGCGCUUUAGUGUAGGCCAAGCAGUGAAAGGCCGUGUUAUCAAUGUGAACCGGGAGAAAAGGUUACUUCGGUUGAAGGCACUUGAUAACGAAUGCACACAAUCGAAUAUACAUGAAAUACAACAAUCAAAGUCCUCUGUGUUUGAACAAACAAAACAAGGAGAUAUCAUCGGGGGACGUGUUCAAAAAAUUCUACCUGGUGUUGGUGGGCUUGUCAUUCAGAUUGGACCUCAUCUCCAUGGGAGGGUUCAUUAUACUGAAAUUGUUGACUCAUGGGUGGCCGAACCAUUGUCUGGAUUCCAUGAGGGCCAGUUUGUGAAGUGCAAGGUCCUGUCUGUGAGCCGCUCAUCAGAAGGAUCACUUCGAGUUGAUUUAUCACUCCGUUCAUCAAACCUGAUCAGAGACUCUAACAACUCAGGACUAGUUGAUGAUCUGGCAAUCUGUACCUCCCGGAUAGAGAAGAUCAAGGAUCUGCUUCCCGGAACAGAGAUUAAGGGCUAUGUGAAGAAUGUUAAUUCUAAAGGAUGUUUUAUUAUGCUUUCUCGAAUGGUUGAGGCUAGAAUUACUCUAUCAAAUUUGUCAGAUGAGGUCCUGUCUACGGACCCAUCAUCAGGGAGAGUUGAGGUUUCACUUAGGACGACCACUGGUUCCAAAUUGGAAAAGCUGGAUGAUAUUAGUUAUAGUGAUUUGCAUGUUGGGGAUAUCAUUGAUGGCCAAGUUAAGCGGGUUGAAUCCUUUGGAUUAUUCGUUACAAUUCGGAGAAGUGAACUGGUUGGUUUGUGCCAUGUAUCAGAACUUUCUGAUGAACCUGUCGUUGAUAUUAACUCUUGCUAUAAAGCUGGUGAUAUGGUUAAAGCCAAAAUUCUGAAGAUCGAUGAGAAGCGGCAUCGAGUAUCACUUGGAAUGAAGAAGUCGUACUUUGAUUCUGAUCUGACUGCUGACACAAAUGAUGAUGAAGAUGAUGAAAGUGCUCUUAUGGACAUCAGUGUUGCCCCUCAGAUGGUUGAAUAUCAUAACAGAAAUUUAGUUCAUCGCAAAGCAAAACCAAUGGCUUCUGUGCCGCCUCUUCAGGUUUCCUUGGAUGAAUCUGAAGGUUCUGACCUAGAGGAGGAUAAUAAUAAUAAAGGUCUUGAAAUUGCAAAUGGAACUGAAGCAAAUGCUAAAAAGAAUGAUAAACAAUUAAAGAAGGAAGCAAGAAAACAAAGGGAACUAGAAAUCAGUGCUAUGGAGGAAAGGGCUUUGCAGGGAGAUGUACCACAAACUCCAGAUGAUUUUGAGAAGUUGGUCAGGAGCUCCCCAAAUAGUAGUUUUGUCUGGAUAAAAUAUAUGGCCACUUUGUUAGAUCUUGCAGAUGUUGAGAAAGCACGUGCAGUAGCUGAGAGGGCUUUAAAAACAAUAAUCCCCAGAGAAGAAGAGGAGAAACUUAAUGUUUGGGUAGCAUAUUUCAAUCUGGAAAAUGAAUACGGUGGUCCACGGGAGGAUGCUGUGAAAAAGGUAUUUCAAAGAGCCUUGCAAUAUUGUGAUCCCAAAAAGUUGCACUUGGCUCUUCUUGCGAUGUACGAGAGGACCGAACAGUACGAACUUGCAGAUGAACUUCUAGACAGAAUGACCAAAAGGUUCAAAACUUCCUGCAAGAUAUGGUUAUGCCGCAUUCAGUUCGCCCUCAAGCAAGGCAAGGAUGUUGAGUACAUCAAAACCAUUGUAAACCGUGCGCUUCUAAGUUUGCCACAUAGAAAGCGCAUAAAGUUCCUCUCACAGACAGCUAUUCUAGAAUUCAAAUGUGGGGUGCCUGAAGAAGGAAGAUCCAGAUUUGAACUAAUAUUGCGGGAGUACCCAAAAAGAACAGACCUUUGGAGUGUUUAUCUAGACCAAGAAAUCCGCCUUGGUGACAUAGAAGUUAUACGGGCAUUGUUUGAGAGGGUGACUUGUCUUACCCUACCUCCAAAAAAGAUGCAGUUCUUGUUCAAGAAGUACCUUAAUUUCGAGAAGUCACUGGGUCAAGACAACGAAAGAAUUCAGCUUGUGCAGCAGAAGGCAAUUGAAUAUGUUCAGAGUUCACUGCCGUCACAAGACAACCCUUGA